AUGGCAACUAUUCCAAUGGAUAUCGUCAACGAUUUAUUCCUCCGUUUACCAGCAAAGAGCUUGGUUCGAUUUCGUGCUCUCUCAAAGCCAUCUUGUCUUCUAAUCGAUAGUCCUGAUUUCAUCGCAUCUCAUCUCGAUCGUGUUCUUCAAACAAACGAUCACCUCAUGAUUCUUCUCAGAGGCGCUCUUCAUCUUUACACGGUGGAUCUCGAUUCACUCGAUACUGUUUCCGAUGUCGAACAUCCGAUGAAACGUGGUGGUCCGACUGAAGUAUUCGGAUCCUGUAAUGGGUUAAUCGGAUUAUCGAAUUCUCCGACUGAUUUAGCCAUUUUCAAUCCAUCUACUCGACAAAUCCAUCGAUUACCUCAAUCGACUAUCGAUCUACCCGAUGGUUCGACGACUCGUGGGUACGUGUUUUACGGGUUAGGUUACGAUUCUGUGAACGAUGAUUAUAAAGUUGUGAGGAUGGUUCAGUUUAAACGUGAUUCAGAUGAUGAACUUGGUUGUAGUUUCCCUUAUGAGGUUAAAGUUUUUAGCUUGAAGAUGAAUUCAUGGAAGAGAAUCGUAUCGGUUUCGCCUUCGAUUCAGCUAUUGUUCUACUUCUAUUACCAUUUGUUAUAUCGUCGUGGUUAUGGUGUUCUUGCUGGUAAUAGUCUUCAUUGGGUUUUACCUCGAAGACCUGGUUUGAUUGCGUUUAAUAUCAUUGUGAGGUUUGAUCUCGCCAUAGAGGAAUUCGAUAUUGUUCGGUUUCCAGAAGCUGUUGUGAAUGGUGAUGUCGAUAUUCAGAUGGAUAUAGGUGUUUUAGAUGGAUGUCUUUGUUUGAUGUGUAACUACGAUCAGAAAUAUGUUGAUGUUUGGAUGAUGAAAGAGUACAAUGUGAGAGAUUCUUGGACUAAAGUUUUUACGGUUCAGAAACCGAAAAGCGUUAAAUCGUUUGCGUAUAUGAGACCUUUGGUUUAUUCCAAGGACCGGAACAAGGUUCUUCUUGAGAUAAACAAUACGAAGCUAGUGUGGCUUGAUAUAGAGAGUAAGAAGCUUAGUACUCUUAGAAUUAAAGAUUGCCCUAGCUCGUAUAGUGCGGAGCUCGUUGUGAGUAGCCUUGUUUUGGGAUGUAAAGGAGAUUUUAAUAACAUUAAACACCGGAAUGAACAACGAGCUAAAGAAGCUAGAGAAGCCAAAAUGAUGCAGAACAGUAAAAAAAGGUGGUUUUUUAUUGUUCUUGUCAAAAUAUGA